CUCUUGCAGUGGGUAGUAGCUGGCUUCUCUGAGACAUCUAUGGAGCUUUCAGACUCAACUUGUUUUUAUUUUGCUCGCUGCAUGAAUGACUGAUGGUUUUGUACCUUGCUCAUGCUGUCUGACUUCAGGUGGGCUGUCUUAUACUCAUUCUUUCUCUCUUUACCCCCUCACUCACUGGAAUAUCUCUUACAUUUUAUGGGUGCUUGACCUGAAUAACAGUACCUGAAGAUGAGUAAACCUUGAACAGAUGUUUGUGAUUGUUUUCCUGACAGCAAAGUAGGAUGGAAAAUCAUCUGGAGAGGAGUAGGAUGAGAGCAUCCAAGUUGGAAACAAUCGAGUUGAUGAACAGGAGCGAGGUCCAACCAGGUUGGGGCUGUUGACAUGUCUGAAACAUCCUGGGAAGGCAGCAAACUGUCAGUUCAGAGGCUACUGGCAUCAAAACCGAAGAUUUUGAACCAGGCACCUUGCCCAGUAUUUCAACCAGAUGAAACCAAACCUGAAGACACUACUGGCCAAAUCGAAAGGGAAGGAAGGUGGUGGGGAAACAGAACAAAACUGAAGCCGAAAAUCUUAGAUAACAAGGUGUAUAGCUGGAUGAACACAGCAGGCCAAGCAGCAUCAGAAGAGUAGGAAAGCCAACGUUUCGGGAAGCCGAAAAUCUUGAUUUUCUUUAGCAAUGCUCUGUGAUGGGGAAAACUUGGGUUGUUUUUCAAAAACAAUCAAGCCUGAAGAAAGAAAAUUUACCUUGUCAGAAAAAGGACAACUGACAGAGCAGUUCUUUGCCAUUUAAACUGCUUAACGUGUCCACAAGAAGAAUUACAAACAACAAGUGCUGGUUUCUCUAGUUAUACAAGUGAACACCACUAUUCAAUGUGCACACUAGGGGUUCCUUUGGAGUUGUGACAGCUCUAAAUUGCAAGUCAAGUGAUUGAACAGAUAAAGGCCAGUGUUUUAUCCCCAUAGCUAUGUAAUGUUACACCAGGAAUCCCACCUACCGCUUGGCCUGCUGUGUUCAUCCAGCUCCACACUUUGUUAUCUCUACUUUAUUCUGGAGACUGCACUCCGUAGUAGAAGGAUUACAGACUGGAGCAUUUUCCUUGCUUACUGCUGAAGAAUCCAGCUUGGAAGUAAUCUGCAAGAAGCUGGUUUGGACUGAGACAAAGAAGAUUCGAAGGACUUUGCCAGCUUUUAGAAAAGACAAAGUCAUGCAAGAGGCUGAAAUCUUUUCAGUAUCUUUUCUUGACUAGGACAGUCUCACUGAGUGUGUGGAAUGUGUACAACGGAAUGUGUGGGGGAUUUGCCUGUGUAAGUGGGUUACUGAGAAACUACUGAUGUGCGCCUGAACCGAAACACUGAACAGACCAGGAGAACCUUGCCAGCACCUAGUUGAUACAUGCCAUUCCAGCUAAUUCUGGAUAAUUCAGAAGAUACAUGAACUAAAAUCACAGCAAAGGAGGUACACUAAGUGGACGAAAAGAUAAACAACAGCUAACUUUACCUCCAAAUGUCACUGCAAACAAUGGAUAUCAAAGAAAGUUUGUUGCUCUGCGUCGUCAUGCCAGCACUUUUGAUGCCAUGUGUCAUGUCCACUUGUCCUGCUUUGUGUCGAUGUGACAAUGGUUUUGUCUACUGCAAUGACAGAGGUUUGACAUCGAUUCCUGCCAAAAUACCGGAAGAUUCUACAACUCUCUUCUUACAAAACAAUCAGAUUAACAAUGCUGGGAUCCCCAGUCAAUUGAAAUAUCUAUUGAACAUAAAAGUGAUUUACCUUUACGAAAAUGCUUUGGAUGAGUUCCCUAUAAACCUUCCCCGAUCUUUGAAAGAGCUGCAUCUUCAGGACAAUAACAUUAGGGCCAUUACACAUGAUGCACUUUCAAGGAUUCCGUUGUUAGAGAAGUUACAUUUGGAUGAUAACUCUGUGUCAACAGUCAGCAUUGAGGAACAUGCUUUUGCUGACAGUAAGCACCUCAAACUGCUCUUUUUGUCCAGGAACCAUCUAAGCAGCAUUCCCACUGGCCUUCCUAAGACACUGGAGGAACUGAGGCUGGAUGACAACCGGAUUGCAACGAUCCCACACUAUGCUUUCAAAGGCUUGGUCAGUUUAAGACGUUUAGUAUUGGAUGGUAAUCUUUUAGCUAAUCAAAGAAUUGCAGACGAGACUUUCAGCAGACUUCAAAACCUGACUGAGCUUUCAUUGAUCAGAAACUCUCUAAUUUUUCCACCACGAAAUCUGCCUGCUUCAAACUUACAAAAGCUCUACCUUCAAGAUAACCUCAUCAGUUACAUUCCAGCCAAUGCUUUUUCUAAAAUGAGACAGAUACAACGGCUAGACAUAUCCAACAACAACUUAACAACUUUGCCAAAAGGAGUCUUUGAUGACCUAGCAAACUUGAGUCAGCUACUCUUGCGCAAUAAUCCCUGGUAUUGUGGCUGCAAAAUGAUGUGGCUCAGAGACUGGUUACAAACAACCGCAUUUCACAUCAAUGUGCGAGGGCUAAUGUGCCAAGGACCUGAUAAAGUUCGAGGAAUGGCAGUCAAAGAUAUCAAAUCAGAAAUGGAUGAGUGCUUUGAGAACAGCUUGCAUGGUAGUAACACAGCUCUGAAACCAACCCCAAUUGUUCGUACAGCUACUGUCACUCAACUGCAAUUCACAUACAAAACAAGACGACCAAAUCUGAAGCCACCAGGUUCCGCUGUGGACCACCCUUUGUCAAGAGGAUCAGGAACAAAACCAAUAAUUAUUAAUGUGAUGCCUUUAACUGCAGACAGCAUUCGCAUCACAUGGAGGGCAACGCUACCAGUCACAUCGUUCAGACUCAGUUGGCUCAGACUCGACCAUAAUCCAUCAGUGGGUUCCAUCACUGAAACUUUGGUACAAGGAGACAAGACUGAAUAUCUUCUCACAGCUCUUGAACCCAAGUCAACCUACAUUAUAUGCAUGGUUACAAUGGAAGCUAACAACUUGUACGUAAGGGACGAAACACCAGUAUGUGCUAAAGCAGAAACUGCAGACUUAUAUAGCCCAACCACAACAUUAAACAGGGAACAAGAGGAAUCUGAUCACGUAGGCCUUCCCUUAGCUGGUAUUAUUGGAGGUGCAACAGCCUUAGUGUUCAUUGUCGUUGUCCUUGCUGCAAUAUGCUAUUACAUUAACAACAACAGGAAUGUUUUUUCACACGACCAGGUGUAUAAUAGGGGUUGCAGAAAAAAAGAUGAUUAUGCAGAAGCGGGGACAAAGAAGGAUAAUUCCAUUUUAGAAAUCAGAGGGAGUGGAUUUCAGAUGAUUCCACUCAAUAAUCAACAGCGACCAAAGGAGGAAUAUGUGAUUCACACCAUAUUUCCAUCCAAUGGGACAAGUCUUUACAAGAACACUCAUAGUACAGCCUUCAGCAGUAACCGAGGUUACAGAGACGGUGGGAUACCAGAUGCUGAAUAUUCUUACACGUGAUUGCAAUAUUGCCUCAUCAUGUGAUCAUCUCCGCUGCACUGCAAACAAAAGAUACUAAAAGAAAUAAAAAAUGUUAGGGAUAAAACACACAAUGUUCAGCAGAAAAUGUCUGGCACAUAUUUUGUACAUUUGUCAUAUAAUUUAUAUUUAAUAUGCUUAAAUGAUUUUAAAAAAGCUGGACACUUGGAAAGAAAACACAGCUACCUAAUUGUGUACAAGCCGGUUUUUCGUUUCUCAUUUUGAUUAUAUGUGGGAUAUAGAGUGAACAGCAUACUUUGGAAGUACAGUUCUAAGGCAACCUAAAGAUAAAAUCCUUUGCUUUAUCUCACCGGAAAACAUCUUAAAGAAGUAUUCCUAAGCAAUGAUGUUUACCCCCAUCCUCUCCCUUGUAGAUUUAUACUGUACAGUCAAAAGUCUGAGUGCGUGCGUGCGCGCGCGCGCACACACACACACACACACACACACACACACACAAACACACACACACUUAAGGCUUUACCCCUCUACUUCUAUCAGAACUAUUUGUUGAUGUUUGUUUAUUUUUUUAUUCUACAAUAUUUUCAAAAAGAGAGAAAAAUAGUUUUAAAUAUUUAGUUCUUUAAUGGUGAUUUUGGACUUUAUCUUAAUUGGAAGAAGAGAUGGAUUUUCAUAGUUAUUUUUUACGAUAACUUUAUGAGAACUUUUUUUUAAAUAUUGACCUUGACUUUUGCCUCUGGCUAAAAACAGUGUGUAUCUAAAUUACAAAUUUCUUGUACUUAAUUGUCAGGCCAGAAUGGAUUCUUGUAGUUAUCUGACCAAUAAUGCUGUUAAUUUUAUCCUUAUUUUAACCCUUUGAGGAUUACAUGUUUUAUUUGAAAGACACUGUGAGCCUCCGUUGUUCUUGGUUUUCGUAUUUUACCACUACUCAAAAUUUUAAAAAGAACUAUAAGCUGUUGCAUUUCAUCUAAAUAAGAUAUAGCUAAAAAUAUAUUGGUUAUGAAUGGAAUGACCUGCUUUCAAUUUUAUAAUACAUUGUUCAAUCAAAAUUGCAGAUUAUUUGUUCUGAAGAAACAUAAUUUCAAAAGUGAUGAGGAAAAUCAAGUGCUCAAAGGUUAGUUAAAAAGAAGUUACAUUGAACGCCGUGAAAAAGACCCCCUUAGAACGGGAUAGAUGCGAAAGGCUUAUACAGUCAAUUGAAAAAAAUCUCUCAAGAUAGUGGGUACACAGUGUUCAGCUUUUGCCAACCUAAGAUCUGGAGACCUGCGAUCUUCAUUUUAAGGGCAGACUCUAGAUUUCUUUGCAGAGGAUGAGGGGUGACACUAGAGACCCUCUAAAUGGAGUUCUUCCCUACUGAGAGUUCCUUCAGAGACAUUUGCACAGUCUACAUUGACAGUUCCCUAUCCAGCUUUUCAACAGGCUAUCACUUGAUUGUUGAAUAUUAUUGAUGGCCUUUUCUAAAUAUUUGGGUGAAAAAUCUCAAAUCCUCUGCCAUUCUACCUGACACAUCCAUAAUCUGGGUUGGAGAAUAACCAAGAAAUCACUUGAAGCUCAGAUCAUGACUUUCCUGUAAAUAAUCUUUAAAGCUGUGUUUAUAAGGUUACAACUGAUCUUUUAAAUAAAUCAGUCUGAAGAUGUGAAAUGUUCUAACCCUUGUAUGGCCACCAAAUAUUGGAAAUGAGAAAAAGUAUUUUCAUACUUAUGAUUGUAUUAUUGUAAUGAUCUAACCUUACACUAUCAUUUGCCAAUUUUCAUACGUUUUAAAUAACUAUGAAGAGUAUUGAUUUCAUUUGAUAUCAAAAAUUUGAGAUUAAUGGCAGCUUCCCUGUACUCCCUUUCCCCCCUCCCCACACCACCUCAUUACUUUUAAAUUCCUUUCAAAAUUAGAAUUAACAAGGCAUACUGUAAUGUAGAUAGCAAGGUGUAGAGCUGGAUGAACACAGCAGGCCAUGC